AUGCCGAAAACAAGGACCGUCCAGCAAAAACGUGUAUAUGGCAAGCGAAGGGCCAACGCACCGAGAGUGGUAUUGGAAAAUGGGAGCCCUCUCAAGUUCGCAGACGACGAAAGCACCUCUGUCGACCAGUCCACAGAUACUGAGGUUGAAGAAGAUGUUAUUAAAGAAAUGGAAACGGAGCUUGCAGCAUUAACCAUUGAAUAUGAAGUCUCGGAAAACCCCGAAACAGCAGAACAGACCGUCCCUGCAACGCCUCCCGUUCGAAAAACCCGUCGGAAAUCUGUCAUGAAAACGCCCAUAAAUAGACUGCAGGAACAAGCAGCAAGAAACCUAUCAUCGCCAAAAUUUGACGCCCCAGGAGCUAUCAAGCGCGGAACCUCUUUUGACCAGGAAGAGCAAAGGCGGCUUUCGUUUACACCAAGACAGUCACGUCCCAAGCCAGCGCAAACGAGACGACCGGCAACACGGCUAUCCUCUGGCUGCGUGGAGGAUGAAAAACUAAAUGCAUACGUUGGUCCAGUUAUUCAUGAAGCUUUGUCGUCGUUCUCGGCACAAGGUGUUCAAAAAUUCAAUUCAUGGGCAGCUAGAUGUGAAAGAGCGUUUGAUCCUAUAAAGAUUGCCGAGGGAUCGUACGGAGAAGUAUAUAAGCUACGGCUACGCGACGACAUCUCCAAGAGCGACAUUUCGAAAUCAAAACUGAAAAAAUUACGAGCCUACGGAGAAGGCGUGUUCAAAAUAGUCCCACUGCGUGCACAGAAAGGACCAGGUUCCAAGAAAUUUACAAGCAUCGAUGAAAUGGCGGCGGAAGUGAAAUUGCUCAAGUUAUUGGACCCUGUUCCCGGGUUUGCAAGGUUCCGGGAAAUCCAUGUCGUUCAGGGUCGGUUUCCAGAGUCUUUUCAAAAAGCAUGGGACGCAUACAAGGAUACCAGGGAUGAUUGCAUGAACCCAAACCCCGCCAACAAGAGAGCGUACAACAACAACCAGCUGUGGGCAAUCCUGGAGAUGGACGACGCUGGCGUCGAGCUGGAAAAAUUCUCGUGGUCUUCUGUAUUUCAGGUUUACGAUAUUUUCUGGGGGGUAGCAAUGGGAUUAGCAAGGGCUGAAGAGUUCGCUCUCUUUGAGCACCGAGAUCUGCACCUCGGUAAUAUUUGUCUACGAUCGACAAGGCCGGAUGGGGAUAUGCAGUCACUGGCCGAGGUAGAUGCAAGCGUAUUGGAAUCAUCCAGCGGUCUCGGCAUCAGUUCUUUGGAGACGACAAUCAUCGAUUAUUCACUUUCCCGCGCCGAGCUUCGGUUUACCGACGAUCCUGAAGAAAAGGUAGAUAUUGCGUCAACAGACCUCGACAGCAAGCAGUUGUUCGACGAUGUUGGUCGCGAUGAAGAUGAAAUCCUUUUACGAAACACUUAUAGAUACAUGCGAUCACAGCUAUACACUGGGGAUUCCCAAGUUAGCGAAAAGCCGCCGAACAUAUCAGGCAUAUGGGCUGAAUACGCCCCAAAAACAAACCUUAUUUGGUUACUCUUCAUUCUUAAAAACAUGAUGAAAAACAUCCAACUCGAAGACUUUACCAAGCAAGGAUCAAGAAAGCCGCUCCAACCAAGCCAACAGAAAGCCAAUCAAAAAAUUGACUCAUCCACCAACUGUGGCAGCUCCAAACCGAAGUCAAAAGCUACCUCUUCGGAUGUGAUUGGCAACAUGCUCAUGACUUUUCAGAAAACGAUAAAUGAUCGACUGAACAAGGUAAUGCAAGUACUCGAUUUGGAGCAUGGAAGGGAGGACAUGUGCUGUGCCACGGACUUGGUUGCAUAUGCAAUCGAUCAGGGCUGGCUAGACGGAAGAGACUUUUUCCUUUCGUAG